AUGAAGUCCUUCGUUGCUGCCGGCCUCGUGGCCGCUGUUGCCGCCUACCCCCAGGCCUCUUCCGGCUCUGAGUGUGUGUCCUCCGCCGACGGCACCUUUGCUAUCACCACUGUCAAUGCCACCGAGGCUCCCACCAGGCGCGGCAUCGAGAGGCGUCAGCUUGACGGCACACUCAAGCUGUCCCUUGAGGACGGAAAGUUGACCGAUCAGGCUGGUCGCACCGGUUACAUCGCUGCCAACUACCAGUUCCAGUUCGAUUCUCCCGUUCAAGAGGGUGCCCUCGAGACUGAGGGCUUCGGUCUUUGCAGCAACGGAUCCAUGUCCCUGCAGGGCUCCACUGUCUUCUACCAGUGCUUAUCUGGUGACUUCUACAACCUGUACAGCCAGUCGACCGGUGCACAGUGUAUUCCCAUCCACAUCCAGGCAACUAUGUCAGAGGGCACCAGCGGUGUCUCUCAGAUCCCCGAUGGCCAACCUCAGGCUACUUCCGCCGCUGUCACCCAGAUCUCCGACGGUCAACCCCAGGCUUCCACUCCUGGUCCCGUCGUGACCCAGAUCUCUGACGGUCAGCCCCAGGCCUCUUCCCCUGUUGUUACGCAGAUCUCCGACGGCCAGCCUCAGGCAUCUGCUCCCGUUGUCACUCAGAUCUCGGAUGGCCAACCUCAGGCUUCCGCUCCCGUCGUUACCCAGAUCUCCGAUGGUCAGCCCCAGGCUUCCGCCCCUCUCGUCACCCAGAUCUCGGAUGGCCAGCCCCAGGCAUCUGCCCCCGCUAGCAACAUUACCGGCAACGCUACCAUGCCUCCUAUGUCCGAGUUCACUGGUGCUGCCGCCACUGGCGCCGCCAGCAUUGGUGCCCUUGCCGCUGGUUUCUUCGCCCUUUUCUCACUCUUGUAA